CGAAAUCAACACAAUGAUUUGAAAUUCUCUAAGGAGUGAACAUACAAAGUACGACCGUGAAUAGGUUUCCGCAUAGUGAUAUCAAUUAUUACAGUGAAAAAGUGUCUGUCUGUACGAUUGUACAAUUUUGAAGUGAUUUUUGUUUUAUUUUUUUUCACCUAAGUGUUUUAAGGAUGCAUUCCAUAAAGUAUAUUAUUGCGAUUUGCGUGGUAGCAGUUGCCGGUACACCUGAAGAAGAUGGCAAAUGGCAUCCCUAUAAAUAUGGACAAAAUGGCAAAUACAUACCAACAGACGAAGGGAAAUACAUUCACAUACCAAACCCUUAUAUCCAUAUCGAUAACCCUUACAACGGCGGCUUCGGUCCAUACACGCACGACUAUGAGCCAUACGUCAGCGCGGCUACAGAAGAUCGUUACAGACUGGUGAUGACCCCACCAAAAGACAUACCUUACUACAAGGAUGGAUACUACAAGAACAAUGGAAUCAAGAUCAUCAGCCAAAAGCAUGUCUACGAUGAGGAUAAAUAUGAUUUCAACUUUGAAACUGAAAACAAAAUUCGUGCCAAGGAGAAUGCGAUUCUUAAGAACCCUAACACCAUCGACGAAGGCAUCGCUUCAUCUGGUUUCUACGAGUACCUUGGCCCUGAUGGUUUCAUGUACAGGGUCGACUACACCGCCGACGAGAAUGGUUUCCGUCCUAAGGUUAAGAGGUUAGAGACCCCAUACUCUGGAAAAUGGGUCUUAGAAAAGGUCAACUAAAAUAACUUGUCAUUCCGGAAGCAAACAAACGAUUUCCUACAAUAUUCCUCAUCAUGAAUCAGUAUUUUUUAAGUAGACAAUACUUUGCUUAAUCUAAUUUUAUGGAUCCCAUUUAACUUGAUGACCAAUUCAUGUAUUUGACCUUUGAACGUGGCACGACUGUGACUUUUUGAUCUGUAUUCAAAUGUGUAUGAAAAUAUUUAACGAUCUAUUUGUAAAAAGACUUAUGUAUCAUUUGUUUGUAGCAAAUAAUGGCCCAUCAAAUAUAUUAUAAGUACAAAAAAUUAUGAAAAUGUGACUCAAAUAUUCCUCCCGGUGAGGAAUGCUUGGGGAUGUUUAGAAUAUUUUAAUUUAUAUUUAGAUGUAAGAGCUUAGUACUUUCGAAUUUAGAACCUUAUUUAUGAAUUGUGAUAAUAAAUUUAUAUUUCAAUAUAA